CUAAAGGGGCAAUCGGCUAGUAUUGAAUUUAAGAUAUUAGUGCCCGCUCUGAUAGGAGUGUGGUGAUAAAAGUGGGGAAGGGUCUUACUUAGGGUUGAGCGCCAAAGAAUAUAAAACCAUUGGUUUGGGGGUCAGGCAUUUUGAAGGGCUUUGCCCUGUUUUCUGCGAAAUUCCUGAUUACUGAUUAGUUUAAACACAACCCCCUGAACAAUUCUAAUAAACCUUCGAAUCCCGCAGCCUCUCCUUGCAGCGGGUGCGAGCCACCAGGGUGCACAGCAGCUGACCCGCCCGUCUUACCACCAGAAGAGCCUAGCGCGUGCACCAUCCCCUCCCCCUGACCUCCCUCCCCACCUACGGCUUUCACGCACUCGCAGUGAUUGUUUUGCUCGCUCCCGCCUCCGUCGCCGCCGCCGCCGCCAGAGGAGCAGCAGCACUAGUGCAAACCGGGAAGAUGGCGGCCGGCGGCGGCGGAGGCAGCAGUAAGGCCUCCUCCUCGUCGGCCUCUUCGUCAGGGGCUUUGGAGUCCUCGUUGGAUCGAAAAUUCCAGUCGGUAACCAACACCAUGGAAUCUAUUCAAGGCCUGUCGUCUUGGUGUAUAGAGAACAAGAAACACCACACUACUAUCGUCUACCAUUGGAUGAAGUGGCUCCGGAGAUCUGCCUAUCCCCACCGUUUGAAUCUCUUUUACCUUGCCAAUGAUGUCAUACAGAACUGUAAAAGGAAAAACGCAAUCAUAUUCCGUGAAUCAUUUGCUGAUGUACUUCCUGAAGCAGCUGCUCUAGUGAAGGAUCCAUCUGUCUCUAAGUCUAUAGAACGAAUCUUUAAAAUCUGGGAAGAUAGAAAUGUAUACCCAGAAGAAAUGAUUAUGGCUUUAAGAGAAGCUUUGAGUACCACUUUCAAAGCUCAGAAGCAGAUGAAAGAAAAUCUGAACAAACAACCGAAUAAGCAGUGGAAGAAAUCACAAACAUCCACGAAUCCAAAAGCUGCUCUCAAGUCUAAGAUAGUUGCUGAAUUUCGAUCUCAGGCCCUCAUUGAAGAGCUGCUGCUGUAUAAGCGCUCAGAAGAUCAGAUAGAAUUGAAGGAAAAACAGCUGGCAACUAUGCGAGUGGAUGUGUGUAGCACAGAAACUCUCAAAUGCUUAAAAGAUAAGACUGGUGGGAAGAAGUUCUCUAAAGAAUUUGAAGAGGCCAGUGCCAAGCUGGAGGAAUUUGUGAAUGGAUUAGAUAAGCAGGUGAAAAAUGGGCCCUCACUUACUGAAGCACUGGAAAAUGCUGGAAUUUUCUAUGAAGCACAGUACAAAGAAGUAAAAGUGGUGGCCAAUGCAUACAAAACUUUUGCUAAUCGAGUGAACAAUUUAAAGAAAAAGCUAGAUCAAUUGAAGUCAACCCUUCCUGAUCCAGAAGAAUCACCAGUCCCUUCCCCAAGUAUGGAUGCGCCCUCUCCGACUGGUUCCGAGUCUCCUUUUCAGGGAAUGGGAGGUGAGGAAUCCCAGUCGCCAGCCAUGGAGAGUGAGAAAUCUGCCACACCUGAGCCUGCAACUGAUAAUCGUGAUGUGGAAGACAUGGAGCUCUCAGAUGUGGAAGAUGAUGGGUCAAAAAUCAUUGUAGAGGACAGGAAGGAAAAACCUGUGGAGAAGUCAGCUGUAUCCACCUCUGUACCUACAAAGCCAACAGAAAGUGUAUCAAAGGCCUCUUCAUGUACCCCAGUGCCUGUGACCAUGACAGCAACACCCCCUCUUCCAAAGCCUGUGAAUACUUCUCUUCUGCCCCCUUCUCCGGCAUUGGCUUUGCCAAACCUGGCUAAUGUGGAUUUGGCAAAGAUCAGUUCCAUCCUUAGCAGCCUGACGUCAGUCAUGAAAAAUACUGGGGUCAGUCCUGCAUCAAGACCGUCUCCGGGAACUCCUACAAGUCCUGGCAACCUCUCCAGUGGCCUGAAAACACCUGCACCUGCCACGACAACAUCUCACAACCCUUUGGCAAAUAUCCUCUCGAAGGUGGAGAUCACCCCAGAGAGCAUUCUGUCUGCUCUUUCCAAAACCCAGACACAGUCAACCCCUGCACUGCAAGGCCUGUCAUCUUUACUUCAGAGUGUCACUGGGAACCCAGUUCCAGCCAGUGAAGCUGCAUCCCAGAGCACUUCAACUUCCCCUGCCAACACCACCACAGUCUCUAGCAUAAAAGGAAGAAAUCUGCCCUCCAAUACCCAAUCCUUUAUUCCCAAAAGCUUCAACUAUUCUCCUAAUUCAUCAACAUCCGAGGUCUCUUCAACGUCAACCAGCAAGGCCUCAAUUGGGCAAAGCCCAGGGCUCCCAAGCACUACUUUCAAGCUACCAUCCAACUCUCUGGGGUUCGCAGGCGCCCACAAUGCUAGCUCUGCUGCCCCACCUACUGAAGUUGCCAUGUGCCAAUCUUCAGAGAUCUCCAAGCCGAAGCUGGAGUCCGAGUCCACCUCCCCAAGCCUGGAAAUGAAGAUCCAUAACUUCUUAAAAGGUAAUCCUGGUUUCAGUGGCUUAAACUUAAACAUCCCAAUCCUGAGCAGUUUGGGGUCCAGUGCCCCGGCAGAAAGCCAUCCCUCAGACUUCCAGCGUGGCCCUACUAGCACUUCAGUCGACAACAUUGAUGGAACCCCUGUAAGGGAUGAACGCAGUGGGACGCCCACCCAAGAUGAGAUGAUGGACAAGCCCACGUCCAGCAGUGUAGAUACUGUGUCCCUGCUUUCUAAGAUCAUUAGCCCUGGUUCUUCAACACCCAGCAGUACAAGAUCACCACCCCCUGCGAGAGAGGAAAGCUACCCCCGGGAGCUCUCCAAUUCUGUAUCUACGUAUCGGCCCUUUGGCCUGGGCAGUGAAUCGCCCUAUAAGCAGCCUUCAGAUGGAAUGGAGAGACCAUCUUCUCUGAUGGACUCUUCACAGGAAAAGUUCUAUCCAGACACUUCUUUCCAGGAAGAUGAGGAUUACCGAGAUUUUGAGUAUUCAGGGCCUCCACCCUCUGCCAUGAUGAACCUAGAGAAGAAACCAGCCAAGUCUAUCCUGAAAUCCAGCAAGCUUUCUGAUACCACCGAGUACCAGCCAAUCCUGUCCAGUUACAGCCACAGGGUCCAAGAAUUUGGAGUAAAGUCUGCCUUCCCUCCAUCUGUAAGGGCCCUCCUGGACUCUAGUGAGAACUGUGACCUUCUCUCACCUUCCCCUGGGCUAUUUGGUGCCUUCAACAUAAGAGGGAAUGAACCUGGGUCUAACCGGUCACCAUCACCGAGUAAGAAUGAUUCAUUUUUCACCCCCGACUCCAACCACAAUAGCUUGUCUCAACCUACCACUGGGCACCUCAGUUUGCCACAGAAGCAGUACCCAGACUCUCCUCACCCAGUCCCACAUCGUUCCCUUUUCUCUCCGCAGAAUACCCUUGCUGCUCCCACGGGCCAUCCACCCACAUCAGGCGUGGAGAAAGUCCUAGCCUCCACCAUUUCCACCACGUCGACGAUUGAGUUUAAGAAUAUGCUUAAAAACGCCUCACGAAAGUCCUCAGAUGAUAAGCAUUUUGGCCAGGCCCCGGGCAAGGGCACUUCCAGCGAUGGUGUCAGUCUCUCAAACCUCGCCCAGCCCGGUUUGACCGCCACUGACCAGCAGCAACAAGAAGAGCACUACCGCAUAGAAACCCGAGUCUCCUCCUCCUGCUUAGACUUACCUGACAGCACCGAAGAAAAGGGGGCCCCAAUAGAAACCUUGGGUUACCAUAAUGCAUCCAAUAGGAGGAUGUCCGGGGAGCCGAUACAGACCGUAGAGUCCGUCCGAGUUCCUGGGAAGGGAAAUAGAGGACAUGGGCGUGAGGCUUCAAGGGUGGGUUGGUUUGAUCUGAGCACUGCAGGCAGCUCUUUUGACAAUGGCCCCUCAAGUGCCUCUGAGUUGGCAUCCCUUGGGGGUGGGGGCAGUGGAGGCCUCACUGGCUUUAAAGCAGCACCAUACAAGGAACGGGCACCCCAAUUUCAGGAAAGUGUCGGCAGCUUUCGUUCCACCAGUUUCAACUCAACAUUUGAGCAUCAUCUUCCCCCAUCCCCCUUGGAACAUGGGACACCCUUCCAGAGAGAGCCCGUGGGGCCGUCGUCUGCCCCGCCCGCCCCUCCCAAGGAUCAUGGUGGUAUCUUCUCUCGAGAUGCACCCACUCAUCUACCCUCUGUGGAUCUUUCGAAUCCCUUCACAAAGGAGGCGGCCUUGGCCCAUGCUGCCCCACCCCCUCCUCCUGGAGAGCACAGCGGAGUUCCUUUCCCCACCCCACCCCCUCCACCCCCUGGGGAACAUAGCAGCAGCGGUGGGAGCGGUGUUCCCUUUUCGACUCCACCCCCUCCUCCCCCUGUUGACCACUCUGGGGUUGUACCCUUCCCAGCCCCACCGCUGGCAGAGCACGGAGUGGCAGGGGCAGUGGCAGUGUUUCCCAAGGACCAUAGUUCUCUCCUUCAAGGGACCCUGGCUGAUCAUUUUGGGGUGCUCCCAGGACCCAGGGACCAUGGGGGCCCCACCCAACGGGACCUCAACGGCCCUGGCCUUAGCCGUGUGCAUGAGAGCCUGAGCUUGCCCUCUCAUUCUCUGGAGCACCUGGGCCCAGCCCAUGGAGGAGGUGGGGGAGGCAGCAACAGCAGCAGUGGCCUCCCCUUGGGUCCCUCUCACAGAGACGCCAUCAACCGGAGUGGUAUGAUUUUGCGGAAUCCCCGGCCAGACUUUCGGCCUAGGGAACCUUUUCUCAGCAGAGACCCGUUCCACAGUUUAAAGAGACCCAGGCCACCUUUCGUUAGGGGCCCUCCGUUCUUUGCACCAAAACGCCCAUUCUUCCCUCCCAGGUACUGAUGGAAACCAAGAGAAAGGCAUUUUAAACAGUCUAGAGAGCAUUGGAAGUAGGAGUUUGGUUUAUUGUUGUUUUUGUUUUCCCUCCUCUGAUUUAUUUUUUUUUAUGACCAAGGGCCUCCCUUCCAAAGUAAGAAGUCAUAUGCUUACAUUUCACUAUUCCAUCCAGUCCUCCUUCCCACUGCACUCACCUACCUUCCCCAAGUUGUUUGUAUUUUAGGGGGCGGGUCGGACAGGGGACAGGGAAAGAAACACAACCAAAGCCACUUCCCUUUGGCUGGGAGUUUGAGGGAUGGGAAGGAAAGCAAAUCUUAUAUUACCCUAUCUAUUGAAGAGUAUUACUACAUUUGAAAUAAAACUUCCACCAUUACAGAUGAUAGCGUGCAAUGUUGGGGUGUUAUUUUGGGGUUGGCUUAUCAGUAGUCAGUCACUGGAAGGGUUCCUGUCCCCUUCUCUCUCCAGCUAAGGAACCUGCUGUGACCGGCUUGGCUCCCUUCCCUGUGUGCUCUUUGCCCUGCUGACGGCCAAGAGAUGUUGCAAGGGAGGAAAUGUGGGAGACCUUGGACCUGUCAGGCUGUUGUGUUUUGUUUGUUUUUAAAGGCAUGUUGAAGUUGAGUUUUUUACCUUUCUCCUAAAAAUCUUAUUUAAAAAAAAAUUCAGAUUCUUCCAAAGUAUUACCAGGCAGUGACUUUAAGAAGACAUAAACUGCAUUCUGUCCUUGUAAAAUGUCUUUAUUUUUGGAAUGAAAGAGAGUGGGCUGGAUAUACUUUUGAGGUUAAAAUAAGGAGUAACUUCAAUGUAGAGAGUUAGAGAAAGGACCCAUUAACAGGGCGAUGUGACCUGCCCAUUCUUCGUAAAUGAGAGAAUGGAAAACACCUUUGAGAUUUCACUCCUCUUGCACCAGGCUCUUGCUUCUCUUGACUCUCAGCUUUCACUCCUGCUGCCAGAAAGAAAGGCACUACAGUUGACAGUUACUACAAAGGUGCAACUGGAAUAUUAUUAUCCCUGUAUUUUUUAAUGUAAGAAGUAGACAUUUUUACCAUGGUGCCUCCCUAAUGUGAUACUUGUUGGUAUGCUUCAGCAAAGGUUAACUACUAGGGAAAAGGACUUGCUUGACUUUCCUUUCUUCUUGCCUUUGUCCUGUAUUCACCCCCUUCUUGGUCUUUCAAAGGAGAAGGUUCAGCAGUACCUUUGUGUUAACACCUCUUCAGAUGUGUCCAGUGACAAGUGAGCAGUACGAGAUGUAUCUUUACAGAGAAACCGGAGAACCCAAUAAGUCCAAAUGUACCCCACUCUCCAGUAGCAGCCAUUCACAUCGUCAAGGCUCAAGCCUUACCCUCACCUCCCACUCCUAAUAGGAAAUAAAGAUAUUUCUGCUCAGUCAUUUCUCAUGAAAGAGUUCUCCAUGAACUGAAAGGCUUCUAAUUUGUGUUUCUACAGCUAGUACUAGGGAAAAGACAAUCACCAUACUUCGUUUAUAUCUGUCUAGUGACACUGAAAAGCAAAUGUUGCUUUACAUUUUUUUACUUAGUGUCUUACCCUAAGGUACACACACUGGAAAUCUCCAGCUAAGUGAGUAAGACAAUAUUAGGUUGAGUGUUCUAGAGAACCCUACUAAGUUUCAUGUUUUCUUCCAAGUUAGUAUAGAACUAACAAUAGGAAGUAUGGGGAUUGCUUUGGAUUCCUGCAAUAUUUCCUUAGUGAAAUAUUUAAGGUGGGCAAGAGGGCAGUGUAGUGGCAGAAGGUGAUGCUUUGUCUCAAAGUAAACUUGCUUUUCAGAUAAAGAGCAGCUUAAACCAGGUGUGUGUCAUAGGUUGGGAGUUCCGUGUAAUUUAUGUCAUGUUAUUUAUUUGGGCUUGCCAUGUGUUCUGUGGUUAGGAUGGAGCAAGUCAUUCAUCUUCCUAAUGCAUUUCUGUUCCUAAACCAACUUACUUUCUUUGACCCUCUCAAGCCUCUCUGCCCUGUAGCUCUCCCCACAACAAUGCAUGAUACCAUGACCUUGUAUAUGGGAUGGGGUAUAUAGUGUAGCAAAGACGGUCUAGUUACAUUGAGUCCUCAGACAUUUGUUUAGGGAAAAGAUGAGUAGGGGAGAGGGGGUGGGGAGGGGGAGGGAGAGUUCUAUUUGACUCAACUGAAAGUUUGGUUUUGUUUUUUGUUUUUGUUUUUUCUGUGUGGGUUUUUUUUUUUUUCCACAGAAACUAAGUGGGAUGUGUUUCGUUCUAAAAUAAAAGAAUGUGAAUUCUUUCUGCUGCUCUUGUUUAAGCUAAAAGUAGUGUUUACUUGAAAAGGCUCUCUGACCAUUUGGUUUUAUUAGAAAAAUGUGAGGGUGUCAGGAAAGUGGCUUCCUGAAUGCUGGGGCAGAAUAAUUGUUCUCAAAAGUACAAUGGCUAAUACACGAAAGGAAGACCUUGUACAGUUUUAAAGAUGGACUUUUAAGGGUUGAAUUUUUUGUGGGCUGUUUUGUUUUUUAAGCCACAAAAAUCCUCGCACUUGUUUCAGGAUGGACGUGAGGAUUUGUGUGACUGUCAGCUGUUAACUUUAAGGAAAUCUGUCUACAGCAGUAAAUGAAGACGACAAUGUAUAUAUGUGAUAUAGUGAAACAGAAGACAAUUCUGGUAUUCAUAACAUGAAACAAAGGGGUUUUAUUCUUUCUGUGUCUGUGAUUUAAAACUCCGUGCCCAUGCUCUGACUUUUGUAUUUCAACCUGAGUUUAAAAAAAAUAAACAAGAUAUUUUUUAAAGAAAGCAUAGCAUAGUGUGUCUCGGAAAGGACAUGAUUCACGUGAAAGCUCAAUAUACGAAGUUGUUAACUGAGGUCCUUGGUGUUCACUGUAAAAUCACAGACAGAGAAUUGGUGGGGGUCGUGGGUACACUGGUACCACUUAAAGCUCAGUGAUAACAGCAUCAGAAAAUAGAGUCCUAAAGUAUUUUGUAAUAGUUUACUCUUCUGUGAGCUUAUAUGAAAAGCUCUCCCUGCUUCCCUCUGCCCUCCCAAAUGCUGAGAAUAAGUAGAAUUUUGUUUGAUUCCAGGGAGGGUAAAAUGAUCAGAGAGUAGGGCUUAAUCCUUUCCAAUCCCCAGAAUACAGUGUUUGUGAUAUACAUGGUACAGCGAACCUAUCUAGAUAAUGUGAAUAUGCUAAACGUCCUAAUUGCAGAAUAUUCACUAUCCUGAAAUUACUGGUUUAUGCAGAAUUAAGCCUCAGCUGUUACUGUUUUUGAAGCCGCUGUAAAUUACUGCUUUUUCCCCCUUUUCCUCUCCUCCCCCCCCUUUUUUGAAUGGGCAGGGGUGCCUGUUAAGAUUAAAAUUAGAUAUGUUGGAUUGAUAUUCUCACAUGUUCAGUGUGGAAGACAAAACAAGUACAUGCUUUAGAGGCAACAACAAUGAAAUCCUUUUGAAAUGUGUAUUAAUAUCACUUAAUAAAAUAACUAGUUCUAAAGGUUUGACAUUUUUCUUUGAGAUUUGGGGCUUUAACCAAGGGCCCCUGGCUUCUCCGGUGAGUGCAAGGUGGAAAUUCCUCCAGAAGCGGAAACUGCUGCUUUGUGGUACAGGCCAGCGGUUGGAAAACCUAAAUUCUCUCCAGCAAAGACCCUCCGUGACUGUCCAGGGCUGAAGGUGAAACCGGCUACAGAAUGCAGAAAGCAAGCCUGGAUGUAUCUCUGAAGAUAUGAUCGGAUUGGCUUUUGGUCUAAGAGUGUGUGGGGGGAGAGGGGGUGGUGGGUGUGCCUGCACAUUUCUGAGGCGCACACACAAAGAUACCACAGACCACCCAUCUCCCUUCCGUGUGACCACUUGCACUUUCCUCUUCCAGCCAUUCCGUCCUUUUUUAAGUCUGUUUGUCCCCAGUGUUAUGUUUUUGUUUUCCAAUUUAAUAAAAUAUGGUUUCCUUU